CGGUUCCCCACUGGGCUGGUCUCUUGGGCCGCCCCGGCCGGGCGCAGCACCCUUCGGGUGUCGGACUCCUCGGAUCAGCCCCAGCGGGCUCCCCCUCGUCCUCCGCGGGCCCGCCGGGGCUGGUCUCCGGUUCCUGCCCACCUCGCCCCCCGCCCGGCUCCCGGCCCCGCCGUCCCAUGGAGUCCCAGUGCGACUACUCGAUGUACUUUCCGGCUGUGCCGCUGCCGCCGCGCGCGGAGCUAGCGGGGGACCCGGGCCGGUACCGAGCGCUGCCCCGGCGGAACCAUCUGUACCUGGGGGAGACUGUCCGCUUCCUGCUGGUGCUGCGCUGCCGGGGCAGCGCGGGGUCCGGUGCCGGGGGCGGCCCAGGCUUGGGGUCCCGGGGUGCCUGGACAGAGCUGGCAACCACCCUUGCUGCCCUGGCCUCGGUCAGUGCCGGAGGCGGGGCCUCCGGGGGCGGUGGCACUGGCGACCAGGAUCACGAACCCCCAGGAGGAGGGGACCCUGGGGGUGGGGGUUUGUUCCGAGGCUGCAGUCCCCUUCUCACCCACGGCCCAGGCCCUGCUACCUCAGGGGGAGCGACCACGCUGCCUGUGGAGGAACCAAUUGUGUCCACAGAUGAGGUCAUCUUCCCACUCACUGUUUCACUGGAUAGACUGCCCCCAGGGACACCUAAGGCUAAGAUUGUAGUGACCGUGUGGAAGCGGGAGGUUGAAGCACCAGAGGUCAGAGAUCAAGGCUACCUGCGCUUGCUGCAGACCCGAUCUCCUGGGGAGACCUUCCGGGGCGAGCAGAGCGCUUUCAAGGCCCAAGUGAGCACCCUGCUGACUCUGCUGCCCCCUCCGGUUCUGAAAUGCCGUCAGUUCACUGUGGCUGGAAAACACCUGACUGUGCUCAAGGUGCUGAACAGCUCCUCCCAGGAGGAAAUCUCCAUCUGGGAUAUCCGAAUUCUCCCCAACUUCAAUGCUAGUUAUCUACCUGUCAUGCCCGAUGGCUCUGUGCUGCUGGUGGACAAUGUCUGUCACCAGUCUGGGGAGGUCUCCAUGGGCUCCUUCUGCCGGCUCCCUGGUACCUCUGGCUGCUUCCCCUGCCCACUUAGUGCCCUGGAGGAACACAACUUCCUGUUUCAGCUGAGAGGGGGUGAGCAGCCCCCUCCAGGAGCCAAGGAGGGCCUUGAAGUUCCCUUGAUUGCUGUGGUUCAGUGGUCCACUCCAAAGCUGCCCUUCACCCAGAGCAUCUACACCCACUACCGUCUGCCCAGCAUCCGCCUGGACCGCCCAUGCUUUGUGAUGACUGCUUCUUGCGAGUCUCCUGUUCAGACCUACGAGCGUUUCACUGUCACCUACACACUGCUCAACAAUCUCCAAGACUUCUUGGCUGUGAGGCUUGUGUGGACCCCAGAGCACGCACAGGCUGGAAAGCAGCUGUGUGAGGAGGAACGCCGCGCUAUGCAGGCAGCCCUGGACUCCAUUGUCUGCCACACGCCCCUCAACAACCUUGGCUUUUCCCGGAAGGGCAGUGCACUCACCUUCAGUGUGGCCUUCCAAGCUCUCAGGACCGGGCUCUUCGAGCUAAGCCAGCACAUGAAACUGAAGUUGCAGUUUACUGCCAGUGUGUCUCACCCUCCACCCGAGGCCCGGCCCCUCUCCCGCAAGAGUAGCCCCAGCAGCCCUGCCGUCCGGGACUUAGUGGAGAGGCACCAGGCGAGCCUGGGCCGCUCUCAGUCCUUCUCCCACCAACAGCCCUCCCGCAGCCACCUCAUGAGGUCGGGCAGUGUGAUGGAGCGCAGGGCCAUCACGCCCCCUGUAGCCUCCCCUGUCGGCCGUCCCCUCUACCUGCCCCCGGACAAGGCUGUGCUCUCUCUGGACAAGAUUGCCAAGCGCGAGUGCAAGGUGCUGGUGGUGGAGCCAGUCAAGUAGCACCAAGCCGGCUCACCUCCCUCUUACACUCCCAGAAAUCGGAAGCCCCAGAGGGGGUCCUCCCUCCCAGGCUGCUGCCUCCCCUGGGCUGCCUCCCACCGUGGGAGCCACCUGUCUGUGUCUGCUGAUGAGGGACCAGGGAAGAAGCUGUGAAAAGGGCGGGUAUGGUUGCAGCACAAGUCAACAGUAUUUCCCCGAGUUCCACUGGGGGGGCUGGCCCCACCCCUAGGCCAGGGCGAAGGCUCCAGGAGCUCCCUUGCCCUGUGCCCUUUCACCGUUUACAAAGUGUUUUCCUCAUUCCUCUGAAGUUGUCUUUCCCACCUCUAAGGUUCCCUCCCACCCAGCUGCAGGGCUGAACUUAGAGGGUGGUGAUGGUAAAGGGGCCCCCAACAAUGACCCUCC